AUGAACAGCUCGGGUAACAAGGACUUUCGUGACCAGCUGGGCAAGUUCCGGCUGGAAUCCAUGAGCGGGCCUGCCCCGACAGCUUGGUCGCAAGCCACCGUGCAGCCCACCGACCCCGUUUCUGCAAUCGCCUCCAACCCGACUUCACGCAGCAAACGUGUCUCCACGGCAUGCGACUUCUGUCGCAAACGAAAGAAGAAAUGCGACUUUCGUUAUCCGAAUUGCUCCGCAUGCACCCGUGCCGGAGUCCGCUGCACGAUUCCCCCACCCGGUCCACAGGUGACGACUACUUCUGUACCCCGCGAUCAGUUGGAGAAUCUCCAGAAGAGAGUACAAUGGCUGGAGGAGGUUGUGCGCCGAAAGUCUGGCAUCGCUGUCGCGGAGCUGGCUACCGGCACCCCGGUGGAUGGGGAAGGUGAUCCGGAUUGGUGGUACCAGGUGCCGGCCUUGAUCGCGACCGGCAGUCGUGCCACUGCCGCCUCCAUGCCCAGCCCAGCUGGCAGUGGGGGUUCAUCGGCGACCGCUGCACGGCAUGGGUCGGAGACAUCUACGGGUGUGGGCACUGAGCUUCCAAAUGUGGGCGAGAUCUUUCGCGAUCAGUUGGAGCAUCGGCGACCCUCGGUGGCCCGCCCUUCGACAGCCCCCCGCGUGCUGCGCUUGUCGUCACUAGAGGAGGCCAUGCGGGUGACCGGACAGUACUUCGAUAGUAUGGGUUAUCAAUACCCAUUUCUCUCGCGCCCGGAGUUCAUGGGUCAUUUGCGACACAUCUAUAGCGGGGGCGUACCGUCGCCCGAGGUGCACAAUACCUAUCAUAUAAUCGUUGCUAUCUCCUUACUGAUUGGAUCCGCCGAUUCGACCGAGGCGGCCGAUUUCUACCAUGCGAGCCAGGAGACUAUACCAUCGGCCUUACAGAAUGAGGACCUGCCCGCCGUCCGGGCCCUACUGGGACUGGCACUUUACACCAUGUUCGCUACGUCCGGGCCCAGUAUUUGGCAUGUGUUGGGAUCAACAAUGCGGCUUGCAAUUAGCCUCGGUCUUCACAAGCCUCGUUCCUACGAUACCGUCGCGGAAGAAGAAAUGGCCAAGCGCGCGUUCUGGAGUUUGUACAACCUGGACCGUCUCAUUGCAAGUACGCUUGGCCGACCGUUGGGAAUCGCGGAUGACGAUAUCGGAGUGAGCCUGCCAAGGGAGCUCAAUGAUGACGGGUUUGAAGCCCCCGGUGCCAGUCCGAUGACUAUUCCGCUGCAGGUGAUUCGUCUCCGGAGGAUCUUUUCGCGCAUCUAUCGAUACUUAUAUAGCAGCCUCCCACGGCCUCCCUCGCAUGAGGUUAUUGCGACGCUUGGUCAAUUCCGCCGCGAAGUGGACGACUGGCGCAUGGCAGCCCCGGUUUAUCCUUCGGCACUUCUGUAUUCCACUUCCUACUACGACUACUUGUAUUAUACCACCCUUCUUCUUAUGUACCGCCCGAGUCCACGCAACCCCACCCCCGAAGUAAACAGUAUCGUGAGCUGCGGCGAUUCCAGCAUCCAAGUGAUACGCUCCUAUUGGGAUAGCUUUUCUAUCGGCAAACUCAAAUGGAUCUGGUUAACGCUGAGCCAAGUCUAUUUCGCGGGCAUCACCAUUCUGUGGUGUCUUGAACAGAACGCUCGUUCGUUGCGCGAGGGCCGACCCACCCCCUGGAACCCGGACGAACAGAUGAUGCGUCGUGGAAUUCAAGCCGUCAUUGUCCUUUUAGAGGAGUUUGGCAAGCGGCGACCGGGAGUUGACCGACUUGCUGAGACGUUCCGCCAUCAAAGCACCAUGAUCUUCAGCCAAAUGGCCUAUCAACAACAGCAGUUGGAAGAACAACACAGACAUCAGCAACAGCAAACACAACCUGUCAUGUCGCCUCAGUCAUCCAUAUCAUUGGCCCCGCCGCCAAUGCCCCCUGUUCCAUUGGCUCCUGUUCUGGACGACGUUCUUUUAGUCGAUGCCAGCGGAGCCAUGCCCAUGAUCGAUCCGCAAAUGGCGGAACAACUGUUCUACUCUUAUAAUUGGUUUCAGGAGGAAAUGGCGACUUAUUAUACCCUAUAG